AAUUUGCUCAGUUGUUGACUUGUUUUGAAAGUGGAAAGAUAUCAGCUGAUAUUGCUCCGUUUUAUUUGCACGAAAAUAAUCCAUAAAAGCGAUAAAAUUGUACAAAACUACAAGUGAAACGAGGUAUUGACACAAGUUUCGAUUGAAUUUACCAAAAGAUUACGCGGACAAAAUGGUUUUUGAAGGUGCCGGAACGACCGAGGGAAUUGAAAUUUGGAGAAUUGAGAAAUUCGAGCCUGUGCCUUAUCCGAAGUCGGAAUACGGGAAAUUUUAUUCCGGUGACUCAUUUAUUGUUCUUCAUACACAUCCGGAUGCUCGUGCCUGGGACAUUCACUUUUGGCUCGGAGCGGAAACAAGUGCUGACGAAGCCGGAUCUGCCGCUUUGUUAUCCGUUCAACUUGAUGACUCGUUAGGCGGAGGUCCCGUGCAAUAUCGCGAAGUUCAAGAUCACGAAUCGCCCCUUUUCCUGAGUUACUUCAAGAAUGGCGUUCGUUAUUUGCCGGGCGGCGUCGAGAGUGGCUUUAAUGCCGUUACGCCAAAUGACGCGGGCGAAAAGCGACUUUUCCACGUGAAAGGCAAGAAAAAUGUUCGCGUCAAGCAGGUUAAGUUGCACGUUUCUUCCAUGAACAAGGGCGAUUGCUUCAUCUUGGAUGCGGGAGAGAAAAUUUUCGUGUAUCAGGGAAAGAAUUCGAAGCGCAUUGAGAGAAUUAAGGCGAUCAAUGCUGCGAAUCAGAUACGAGAUCAGGAUCGUGGAGGAAGACCAAAAAUAGAAAUUAUCGAUGAAUUUUCGAAAUCGUGGGAUGUGGAUAACUUUUUUGCGGAAUUAGGGUCUGGAAGUGCCGGGCAAGUUGCGGAGGAUGACGAUGAGGAUGAUGAAGCGCACGAAAAUAAGGUCGAGCGGGAGAUUAUGUUGUUCAAAGCAGUUUCGGAUGAAUCUGGCUCCUUGGAAGUAACUCCCAUCAGUUCUCGUCCUUUGCAGCAAAGCAUGUUGGAUACGAACGAUUGCUUCAUUUUAGACACUGGCACAGAACUUUUCGCAUGGAUCGGCAAAAACGCCACGCCUGACGAGAAAAAACACGUAAUGGUUCGAGCGCAAGGCUUCAUCGCCACAAACAAUUACCCAAAAUGGACCAAUGUUCGUCGUGUCGUCGAAGGAGCCGAACCUGCCCCAUUUAAGCAAUAUUUCGCUUCGUGGCGCGAAACAAACGAAAUUUUAACGCCAAUUAUGAAGAAAAUCCUGCAAAUCGAGGAAAAAGACUUUGACGAACGUUCCUUGCAUGCCUUGAAGAAAAGUGGGGGUCGCGCUCUCGGCUUUAUGCCCGACGACGGAAAAGGUCGAUGCGAAAUUUGGCGCAUGGAGGAUUUCAAAAUGGUGCCGAUCGAUUAUGCGACGUACGGAAUGUUCUUCGGGGGCGAUUCGUACGUCAUUAAAUACGAGUACAAAGGCGAUCGAGGUGUCGGAUAUUUGAUUUAUUACUGGCAAGGCAAGAAUUCGAGCAUUGAUGAGAAGGCUGGCGCCGCCAUGAAUGCCGUUCGUUUGGAUAACGAGCUAAAUGGGCGCGCAAUUCAAAUUCGGGUGACGCAAGGAAACGAACCGCGACACUUUUUGCGGAUGUUUAAGGGAAAAAUGAUAACUUUUAGCGGCGGAAAGGCUUCCGGUUUCAAGAAUAUUCGGGAUCAUGACACAUAUGAUGUCGAUGGAACGCGUCUUUUCCGUGUAAGAGCGACAGAUGAUAAUGAUGCGCGUGCUGAUCAAAUGCCGGAAGUGGCAAAGUCGUUGGCGUCGGAUGAUGUUUUUGUGCUGGAAACGCCAGAUAACACGUACAUUUGGUGCGGAAAGGGAGCGUCAGAUGUGGAAAAAACUGUUGCGGAGAGAAUUGCGCAAGUUGUGUCGCCGGGAACAGUAGCCUUGCCAUUGGAGGAAGGAUCGGAGCCGGAUAAAUUUUGGGAUGCCUUGGGAGGAAAAGGAGAAUAUGAUACUACGUUGGAUCCUCCAGGAUCUCCAAUUUUGGACCCCCGUUUGUUCCAUUGUCGCAUCCUCGCGGGUCGCAAAAAGCUCAUCGUGACCGAAAUUGCUGAUUUCACCCAAGAAGAUCUCAACGAAGACGAUUGCAUGGUUCUUGAUGGCGGCGACGAAGUUUACGUUUGGAUCGGAAAAACUGCCUCCGCUGAAGAAAAAGAGCAAUCUAUCGAAAUGGCAAAACGCUACUUGAAAUCUGAUCCAACUGAAAGAUCUGACGAAACGACUCCAAUUAUUUUGAUCCAUCAACAUGCCGAACCGCGAAGCUUCAAGAGAUUCUUCCCAACCUGGGACAACGAUUUGUGGGGAGAGAAUUAAAAAAAAACAAAA